UGAAGACUGUCUUGUCCGCGGCCUAAGGAAGGCUUUCUACAGUCCCCUCAGCCUAGGGUUGCAGUACCCCGACAUCCGUGUGCAGGUCAUGGACUGGGCAAUGGAGAACUGUGGUCGAUUGCAGUAUACUCCACAGGCGGUGGUCCAGGAUCCAACUCCACAACAGGCUGUGCUAAUCUACUGGGCGGAUGCGAGCUAUCGCUCUCGCCGCAUGCUUGAGGGAGCUCUCGGAGCUGUGCGACAGCAGGCCCGUCUCUUCUGGAAUCGACUUUUGAGCGCGUUCACGGAUACGGAAACAUCUCCCAUCACCGAGCACGUUCCUGUUAGCGCCAAUACUAGCGGAACGCUCCCUCCGAGUCGAGCCCUGCCCAAAGUACCGUUUGGCUUCGCUUUACGCUGCGAGCCCACUGAGCCGUGCCGUCUAGCCUACCCGUCUGGCUCUUCAAAGCGUCCAGACAAAAUCCACAUCUCACGCGAGGCCCUCGCGAAGCUCAAACGCCAGAUCAAAGAACUGCGGGCCUUCGAUUCUUAUGUCAAGAAAGCUCAAUGGGCUACGGAGCGCUUAAUGUUCCUUUUGGACACCAUCUACAUCUCUCUCUCGAUGGCCCUGUUUGCGAGCAUUAUUGUUGUGACACCAUCUAGCACAUCCAUCGAGAAGAUGGUUGGCCCACCUCGCCCUUCCCGCAAGACGAAACAGAUCAAGUUUAGGGUCACAUCCCACCAUCUCUGUUUCGUGGGGAGACUGUUAAAUACCCUCUUUCAUAUGUACCCAGUGCAUCUUCAGUACGGCGAUUUGCGGGAAGUUUCCUUUAAUUCUUACUUCCUUGUCGUUGGUGUUGCGAUGCUUGUUCAAUUUUUCACUGCACCCAGCCCAAGGCGGUUUGAGAAUGUCAACCUUGCCUAUAAGCAGAUCAAGGAGCUCUACUUCAUCGCCCAAGGGUGGGGGGUACCUAGCGGAGCGUUGCUCAACAUGCUCACUUACUACGGAUACCAUGUGCAAGCGGAGGACCCCAAGCCCAAGCUUACCAAACCUGAGCCUACGGAGGAUCUAGACACGAACAUCGAAAAUAUACUUCCUUCAUCCGGUCGCCAUCAGCAAGCCGAUCAGUCGCAUGAACCGCACAUCCUUCGAGCCUCAUGGACCACCACACCCCAAGAAGAUAUCGAAGCUUCUUCAAGGCAGCUCCUACACGAGCUAGGAAUUCAGCAGGCCGUGCACUCCGAUUUGGAGACCGUUAGCGACACUGACAGCGAGACCGAGUCUGAGGCCGACCAUGGCAGCUUCGUCGACCUGGCCGGUGGCGUUACCCCUCAAGUCAGCGAUGCGGAAUCUGGCUGGUCUAUUGUGGAUGCGUAGAAGUGUCGUGAGUAUCUAGUGUGGGAUGUGCUAUGGCUCUUGUCUUACGACAUGUAGCCAAGAAGAUACCAAGGCGCGAUCGAGCAUAUCAGCGCUAUAUCUGUUGAGCGUGGCACAUGGAGUACAAGUAUGGUAUAUGUACAAGAACAUAGUUCUUUCUCCAACGGCUCUCUGUCGGUAUCUACUUGGUAG